AGCAGCCCUCACUAGAUUCCCAUCCUGUUAGGACAAUGUUCGACGCGCGGCGUUGAUGUGAUUCAUGAGCGUGCAUUUGAGAGCGCACUACGAGACUUCAGCUCUGUGACGCUCCCUCUUAUUUUAUCACCCUCCCUCUCCAAAACAAAUCAAAGAACAAUCAAAGAUAGAAUGGAAGUGGAUCCCGUCACCUUCCUCUCCCUCCUCCUCCUCCUGCUCGCCACCCUCUAUCUCUCCUACCACCUCCACCACCACCGCCGGCGCGACCGCCUUCCGCCAUCGCCGCCGGCCCUUCCCCUCAUCGGCCACCUCCACCUCCUGACCUCCAUGCCCCACCACGCCCUCGCUCGCCUCUCCAGCCACCUGGGCCCCAUCCUCUCCCUCCGCCUCGGCCGCGUCCCGUUCGUCGUCGUCGCCUCUCCGCGGCUCGCCCGCGAGGUCCUCAAGACCCACGACGCCGCCCUCGCCUCCCGCCCCGCCCUCCUCUCCGCCCGAUACCUCUCCUUCGGCUGCUCCGACGUCACCUUCUCGCCCGCCGGUCCCUACUGGCGCCAGGCCCGCCGCCUCUGCGUCUCCGAGCUCCUCUCUCCCCACCGCGUCGCCGCCUACGGCCUCGUCCGCCGACAGGAGGUCCAUCGCCUCCUCCGCUCCGUCGCUUCCUCCGCCACCGCCGGCGGCAGUGGGGGUUGCGCCGUCGAUCUCAGCGCCCGGUUCUUCAACCUCGCUAACGACGUGCUCUGCCGCGUCGCCUUUGGUCGGCGCUUCUCCGCCGCGGGUUCCCGGCUGCCGGAGGUGCUUGCGGAAUCGCAGGCGCUGUUCGCGGGGUUCACGUUGGGCGAUUUCUUCCCCGGGUUGGAGUGGGUGAACUCGGUGACGGGGCUGCGGCGGCGGCUGGAGAAGAACCGCGACGACUUGAGCGCCGUCUGCGACGAAAUAAUCGCCGACCACCAACGUCGAAUCGGCGGGCCGGAUCGCGAGGAGGAGGACUUCUUGGAUGUCCUGCUCCGGAUCCAGAAGUCCCCAGAUCUGGAGGUUCCCAUCACUGACGAUAAUCUCAAAGCCCUCGUCCUGGAUAUGUUUGUUGCUGGAACUGAUACAACCUCAGCAACUCUUGAAUGGGUGAUGACAGAGCUAGCCAGGCACCCUCAAGUAAUGAAGAAAGCACAAGAGGAGGUGAGAGGGAUUGUAGGAAGCAAAGGAAUUGUAGAGGAGAGUGACAUUGAUCAAUUUCACUGCAUGAGGGCUGUAAUAAAGGAGACCCUGCGAUUGCACCCGCCAGCUCCUCUUCUAGUUCCGCGAGAAUCCAUCAAGGCAUGUGUCAUUGAUGGCUAUGAAAUCCCUGCCAAAACAAGAGUAUUGAUUAAUACUUAUGCAAUUGGGAGGGACACUCGGACAUGGCAGAAUCCUCUGGGGUUCAACCCAGAAAGGUUUGACGACAUCGAUAUCGACUUUAAGGGGCAGCAGGAUUUCAAGCUGUUGCCAUUUGGAGGAGGGAGGAGAGGCUGUCCUGGUUAUUCUUUUGGGUUGGCCACUAUAGAAACUGCACUCUCUAAGCUUCUGUAUCAUUUUGAUUGGGAGUUGCCACCUGGUGUUGGUGCUGAAGAUGUUGACAUGAGUGAGAUUUUUGGACUUGCUACGAGGAAGCGAGAACCAUUGAUCCUAAUUGCAAGAACUAGUCAAGGUUAUGAGUUCAAGGAGGAUGAACAAAGUGAAGCUUGAUAGUAAAAUUUCAAUUACUUUCAUUUGGAUACUUCAAACUUUAACUAUUAAAUGCAUCUUGAUUUUGCUUUGAUUAUUGUGGAAAUGUGUUGUUCGAGAUUCUUCAGGCAUACUUUUUUGGUUUAUGAAAAUUUUUCUUUCCAUGGA